AUGAGGUUAUUUGCUGCUCUAUUGGGCGCUUCUCACGUGAAAGCUUUCGAUGUAGAUGAGCACGUGGAAGGGCGCGGAUGGAAAUAUUCCAUGGAAAUGAUCAGAGCAAGAAAUAUACUCGCACACCAGUUUUCCUCCUUGAUUUCACGACUUGAUGACGCUGCUUUCCUGACUCGCUGGAACACGUGUAAUACGAAUGGGGAUGAGAUCCUCGACUUCCAAGAGAACCAAUCUUGUGUCCGAAGAGUAGCAGAAGCAUAUGGCUUCCAAGAUUCACUCGGAGAGAUAAUGCAGCAGAUGAUGUCGGACGCGGAAAUUCGCAAGUUUUAUGGAGGAUACUAUAAUGCUGACAGAAGUCAAACGUACGAACAGUACAAGCAUACAGAAGGCAUGUCAGUCCUAGCCGGAGUUUACACGAUUUACUUGGUCCACGACUUGAAUCAAGACAAUUUCUUGAGCCCGAAAGAGCUCGGAGCCGCCUGGGAAGCUGGAAAAACUCGACUUCAUAUCAAUCCCGAAAUGGAAGCCUGGGUCAACGCUAAUCGCGGACAAUACAAGAGACUUUGGGGAAUGUCAGAUACAGAUGGAAACUACAGAACUGCGAAUAUCCUUGAACUGGCGAACUUUCAACUGGCGACUAGUCAACUUGCUUUUGAGCAUUUUAUACUUCACGAAAAUUAG